AAUAAUUAUUAAAAUAUUAAUAGACGUCAUGACCAACAUAAUAUAAUACAUAAUUUGUACUAUAAAACAACCAUAUUGUUUUUGCUUUUACAGCAUUUAAUUGCAUUCAUUUAUACAGCCCGUCUUUUUCAAUAAUUCGUAACGUGGUCAUAUUUUAUUUUCUGAGCGCGUACGUAGAUAUUCAUAUUCUAACAUUGUUUUUGUACGCCUAAGCAGCGGUGCAUCUCUGCCUAUAGUUUUUAUUUAUGUUAAGUGCACUUGUUCAAGUUCGAGUUCGAUAAAAUAUUUUAAAAGUUCACAGUUCGGUCCGGGUUCGAAUAAAAAUGUGUAGGAUCGUUUCGGUUCGGUUCGGCCUUAAAAAUCAGGGUUCGUUACGUCUCUAAUUCUAUUCUAUUCUAAUAUUAUAAUAUAACAUGUUUAAUUAGUUAUGAUAGAUGGAAUAAUAUAUGCACGUAUAUAAUUAUUAGACUUGACGCUGCAAAAACUGUACGAGGCGCACGUUAUUAUAUCAUGAUACGCGUGAAACGAGUGUUUGAGGAAGGAAUAUCGCGAUAACAAUGCGAGUGUAGGAAUUAAAAUGUAUCGUGUACUGCGAAUAAACCUAUAAUAAUGGGUGGCGGCUGCACAGUGUUAUAAUAAAUUAAAUUGCGUGCCCGUAUCGUAAUUGACCGAGUCCGAAAAUCGGUAUUUAAUCGUCAGACCGCUUAAAAUUAAAAAACAAAAAAAAAAAAAAACAACUUUACAACGGUCGAGAUUGUCACGUAUAGUAUUAUUAUACCUAAUAUGUAAUUACGACGGACGAUAAGAGCGAUGCGAUGACGGGGCGAACUUAGUAUGACUCGAUUGUCAAUGCAGGUCCAAUAGAAAUAAUAAAAGAGUCCUAAAGUGUGUAUGCUGCAAACGUUGUACCGUUCGUUAUACAACACCCGUUCCAGAUACAGCACAGAUACCCGCGUCGCAUUCCGGCUGAAUAGUAACCCGUUUUUACUUUUUUCUAUACAACGGUACCGUCGUCCGCCAUGCAAUUGCCGGUUUUGAUCUCGGCGCUGGUUUUAACCGCGAUCGUCGUGGAGAGCACGCCGAUUUCGGUCAACGGCCAGCCGAGCAGACAGCCCAGGUCUUUGUUAUGGCCUUGGAGCAAAAAAGACGAUUUCGUGUCCGCCUCGUCCGAGGAGGAACCGACCAUAGAGUCCACGAUCGACCAGUCCGCAGAGCUCAUAAUCGAGCAGAGCGCAGAGUCCACGAUCGACCAGUCCGCAGAGCUUAUAAUCGAGCAGAGCGCAGAACCCACGAUCGACCAGACCGCAGAACCCACGAUUAAACAGACCACGAAGCCAACGAUCGACCAGACCGCGAAGUCAACGAUCGACCAGACCGCGAAGCCAACGACCGACCAGACCGCGAAGUCAACGAUCGACCAGACCGCGAAGUCAACGAUCGACCAGACCGCGAAGCCAACGAUCGACCAGACCGCGACGACCACGAUCAAUCCAAAACAAUGAGGCGGCAAUAUUAAAAACCGAUGCGACGACACACACACACACCCCGUUGUAACGUCGUAGGUUUUUUUUUUCACUUAAUUAAUUUGAUUUUGUUGAGAUGAUGUUUUUUAAUAAAGUCUUACGAUUGCACGUAUAUAUAUAUAUAUCUAAUUAUAUAUAUAUAUAUAUAUAUUUGUAUAUGUUAAAAAAAUACAAUGCAAUUAAAUAUUUUGUAGUUAUUAUCGUGCGGGCAUUUUCAAUAAUAUCUAUUAUUAUUUAUAAAUCGCUAUAUUAUUUAAGAACUAUUGUUGUGGCUGAAAAUUAUGGUUGUAAAUGUAACGUACGAAUAAAUAAUAAUAAUAUUGAACAUAAUAUCAUAAUAUCAAUUAAAUUCUUGAUUUUUAAUGACUUUUUUAAAGUUCAGAAAAAGUGCGCAUAAUUAUGCAGCAGGCUAUAAUCGCAUUCGCGCUAAUCGAUUAUUAUUAUUAUUACUAUGACCCGGGUUCGGGACUUCAAGCAUUUACUUAUUAUUUUGGAUAACAUAAAAUCUAACAAAAUAAUCAUGUCAUGUUAUAAUGAUCUCAGUUAUGAAAUUUGAAAGUGCUGAUUUUUAGCUCAUUCCGAUUGUUUUAGACAAAUUGCUAUUUUCUAGUUUUUCUAAUUAUAUUUGAUUGUUUGCAUAUCUCUACUUAAUUAAAUCACGUACCACUGUCAACCUAAAUACUUUAGUUAAUUUCUGUUUUAGAUUCUGAGAGAAGCGAAGGAUCUAAUGGUUUUACUAUGAUGUGUAUUUUUUUAUUAUAUUUUUCCAUAUGUAAACAACUUUACUCCUAGAAAUCUUGCUCCAACCAAAACAUGACAAAAGACAAUUUUUUAUUGCAUUUGAACUCUAGUUGAUACUUUAGGGAGAUGAUUUUUUUGAAAUUUUCAUUAACAUUCGAGAUAAUGAGGAAAAAUUGAUUUUUUAGAUUAAAAAACAUUAAAAGUAGGUUUUCAUUGGCAACCAUUUUUGUUUAUUUUUUUGUUUUUAUUAAGUUUUUUUAUUUUAAUUCUCAUAUGUGCGCAAGGCUAAGACAAGGUAUCAUAGUGCGUGAUGUUUUGCAGAUAAUAUAGCUUUGAUAGGAGAAAAUCUGGAAUAAGUUAAUAUUAGGCUUAAGGAAUUGCGAGUAGCACUUGAAAGAAAGGGACUAAGGAUAAGUAAAAGUAAAACAGAGUAUGAGUCAGUGGUGGUUUGUAGUGGGCAAUAGAAGAAAUCGUCCCUCCCCUUAACUCUUUUUAUAUUACAUAUUACGUAUAUAAAUACUUAUAGAAAUUAGAAAUAAUAUUUUUUGAUUGAUUUAUUGUUUAAUUUUGAUUAUUUAUUGUUAUUAUUAUUUUUUUUUAGUUACAUAACUUUGAUAGUCAUUUAAACUAAAUAUAUGGGUUGUCAAUUUUAUUGUUAUUCUGUUACACGGUCUUAAGAGAUAAGGUUAUAAAUAAUACAAUAAAAACGACUAAUAUAUUUUACUAAACAAUUUCAUUGGGAAUUGGUAGUCAUUAAAAACCUAAAUUAUAUCUGAUUUUUUUUUUGUGUGUGUUAGUAAUUAUUAAGACAAGAUUAUUAUGAAGGGAAAUUUUUGGAAAAUCUGGCGCAAAAGUUUGAAAUUUAAGUGCUAUUCAAGUUAUGGCGUCACCGACAAAAUAUUGAUCCAUUUUUAUACAUACAGAUUAGUAAUCGAGUUAUUAAUUUUAUAUCAAUACAUAAACUGUCGGUCUAUACUCACAUAAAGGUAUAAAACGAACACCGUGCCCGUUUACGAGCGACAACUAGCUAUGAUACGGUACACCCGCUUUCCCGCUGCCGAGCGUCCUCAUUUCUCGAUAGGUUAGGUUAUGCUUUACUCCCUUUGAAAUCCACCAACCCCCCUUUUCAAAAACAAAAUUCUUGAUUGCGAUAUUUUUCGUAUGCAAAUCAUGAAAAAAUGUCAUAACAGAACACUUUUAGUCCGCCAAACGUAGACUACCCACUUUCCACCUAUUUGUUUUUAUUUAUUACCGACACGGUUGAAACCAAAAAGGAAUAUGGGUAAAAAAAAAUAACUCAAAAUUUGCACAAGUGGCGUUGCCUUGGUGUUGAGCGGGACAACUAGUAUUUUAAUAUACCGUAUACCAAAUUAUUAAAUUUUUAACAUACAAUGAAUUGUAUUAUUUAUUCAUUAUUUUAUUUUAUUUACGACCAUCAAUCAUUAUUAAAAUGCUACUGGGGAUUUAUUUUCCUAGUGUGAAGAAUUUUUCUUCUAUGUACAAUAGAUAAAAUAUAAAUGGAUAGGACAUUCCCUUAGAUCAUAUACGAUAUGAUCUAAGGACAUUCCUUUACCUAUUAAGUGAGCGAAUAGUAGUGAUUAUAUUUAUCAAUUUAUCAUAAUGGUAAAUCAGCAUAUCAAACAUAUGUCAAUGAACUAGAGACUAUAUAUCGUCUUUCGUCAAGCAAUAGUUUAUUGUUGCUUACAGAUAUAAAUGAAAUAACCUUAUGUAUCCCACCUUCCCAAACUUCUCACCUACAACAGUGGCCGCUUCCAUUCCCAGUAUCAGCUCUUAUUUCUAUUAUUAUUGUAUCUAUAUUAUUAUUAUACCUAUUCAUAACAUUGUAAUUGCUUUUCACGUAUUUUAUACAUCGUAUAUAACUUAUUAUUAUUAAUUUAAGUUCGACCUCUCACUUCCGCGCAGCCAAUGACUUGGAAGUGGCUAACUACUGCAAUUUUAUUAAUACAUUAUAAUUUGUUAUACUAGUUGGAAAAUAAAUAAAUACUAUUAUUAUUAUUAUUAAUGGUUAUAAUAAGCGACUUCAGAUACUAGUUUAUGAUAAACAACAUUUUUAUCAAUUUGAUUUGUGCUAAUUUGUUUAACUAUUGUAAUUACCUAUCUUAAACCUAUUAAUUUGCAACUGUUUUAAGUUAUUGAGGAACUUAUAUGCAUAAAAUCUACUCAUAAAGACCAAUUGGAAAAUUUGAUAAUAUACAAAAUAUUGGACAUAAAAAUGUUUCACGAAAUAAAAAAAUAAUGAAUGAACAAACACUUUUUCAUCAACAAUCGUUUCGUAGCAGAGAUAUAGGUAAAUUAUAUAACUUAAUGUAUCCUACCUUCUUUCUGAA